AUAAAAGGACUUUGGCAUUUGAUCCUAUUGGUACAAAGGCCCUGAAUAUUCUACCAUGAUGUUGGGGCUUUGGACUGUCACUCUUCUGCUCCUGGGCACAGUCUCAGGAAAGGAAAUCUGCUAUGAUGAACUUGGAUGCUUUCCGGAUGAUGAACCUUGGGGUGGAACCAUAAUAAGACCACUUAAAGUUUUACCCUGGAGCCCAGAAAAGAUCAACACCCGCUUUCUGCUCUACACAAAUGAAAAUCCAAACUUCUUUCAAACACUGCAAUCAUCAGAACCAUCCACCAUUGAGGAUUCAAAUUUCAAAACAGACCGGAAGACUCGUUUCAUUAUCCAUGGCUACAUAGACAAAGGAGAAGAAAACUGGUUGUUAGACAUGUGCAAGAAUAUGUUUCAAGUGGAAGAGGUGAACUGCAUCUGUGUAGACUGGAAAGGAGGCUCCCAGACUACUUAUUCCCAGGCUGCAAACAACAUCCGUGUUGUAGGGGCUGAAGUUGCUAAAAUGAUUAAAGUUCUUUCGACCAACUAUCAGUAUCCACCUUCUAAAGUCCACAUCAUUGGCCACAGUAUAGGAGCUCAUGCAGCUGGAGAGGCUGGGCGAAGGAUACCUGGUCUGAGCAGAAUUACAGGAUUGGAUCCUGCAGAGUCUUCUUUUGAAGGUGCCCCAGAAGAAGUUAGGCUGGAUGCUAGUGAUGCUCUGUUUGUUGAUGUGAUUCACACUGAUUCAGCUCCUUUGAUCCCUAAUUUGGGUUUUGGAACAACUGAACUAGUUGGUCAUCUCGAUUUCUUUCCAAAUGGAGGAAAGGAAAUGCCUGGAUGUAAGAAGAACAUCCUCUCACAGAUUGUGGACAUAGAUGGCAUCUGGGCCGGUACUCGGGACUUUGUGGCUUGUAAUCACUUGAGGAGCUACAAAUACUAUGCUGAUAGCAUCCUGGAGCCUGAUGGUUUCACUGCAUUCCCCUGUGUUAACUAUAAGGCUUUUACAACUCAAAAGUGCUUCCCCUGUCCAGAAAAAGGUUGCCCCCAGAUGGGUCAUUAUGCUGAUAAAUAUGCUGGGAAAACAAGUCAAGGGGAACAAAAAUUCUUUUUGAACACUGGAGAUGCAAGUGACUUUGCUAGAUGGAGAUACAAGGUGACUAUCACUCUGUCUGGAAGAACAGUGACUGGUGGAGUAAAAGUUGCUUUGUAUGGAGACAAAGGAAACACCAGACAAUACAGCAUCUUUAAGGGAGUACUCAAACCACAGACUACUCAUUCUAAUGAGAUUGAUGUAGAGAUCAAUGUUGGAAAACUGGAGAAAGUUAAAUUUCUGUGGAAUAAUAAUGUGGUCAAUCCAACCUUUCCCAAAGUGGGAGCCUCAAAGAUCAUCGUGCAAACAGUUGAUGGCAAAGAGUAUAAUUUCUGUAGUAUGGAGACUGUGAAAGAAGAUGUUUAUCUCACUCUUACUCCCUGUUAAAUGUGACCAAAUGUUGUCACUACAUUUACCUUAAUAAAAUUUUAUUUUGCAUCAAUCUA